CAGGGUCGUGGCUGGGGGGGGGUCCUGUUCGCCCCUCUCCCCAGCGGCCCAUGAGCUAAGGAAGAAAAUAGCGAGGGGAAGAGCGGGGGUGGGGCGGGUUCUUUGAAUCCUUCCGCUCACUUAUAGCUAGCUACACGCCUGCUCUGGGUCCGGGAGUGUCUAUGCAAGCGCGGGAACGGCGGUUCCAUUCGCUGAGCUCUGGGAGGCGACAGCGAGUUCUUCUCUCGGGGAGCGCAGCUGGGCGAGCGCGCGCGAGAAAAAGAUACUUUUACCUUUCUCUGUCUCUCUUCCCCCCACCGUCCCUCCCCGCUUCCUCUCCCCCUUUUCCCACCAUGCUCCGAGUCCGGACUCUUCGCUGUCGCGGCCGUUGGGGCUCCGGCAGCAGAGCUCGCUGCUGGUGGCCCAAGCGUGGUUGUCUUUUAAAAAGAUGAGGAAGGCAGAGCCGGGAGGGAGAAGAAGCUGACCAAGUCCAGUCUCCAGCCCCCACCACCAUGAGGGACGAAAAGAAGAAAGAAGCCGCCGCCGCCGCCGCCACCACCCCUAUGCCGCCGCCGCCGCCGCCCGGGCACAACAAACUUGCCAACCCGCCUCUGGAUGGCGCCGCUUCUCCCGAGGCCAGCCUGAGGAACGGCUACGUGAAGGGCUGCGCGACCCCACAGAGCCCUCCGCUGGGCUGGCUUUCGCUGCUGCCGGCCACUCAUCCGAGGGCUCUCUCCGGUCUGGGCGCCGUGGCUGCAGCGGCUUUCCUCCUCCUCUCCUGGCUCCGCUGGGGGCGCAGCGAGAGGGCGGCAGCGGCUGAGAGUCCCCCGGAGGCGGCCGGGUUGUUGUUGCUGGUCGGGCUGUGCCAGUGCCUCAGCCCCCUCUUCAGCCUUGCCUGCGCCUUUUUCUUCCUCACCUGCUACCUGGCCCAGGACGAGCCCGGCGGCGGCGGCCGCCUCUGGUGGCUCCUGGCGCUCCCCUUGUGCUGCUACUCGGGGGACUGGGUGGCGCUGCAGUGGCUGCUGCCGAUGCCCCGCCAGGGCGAGGCGGAGGAGGGCGCCCCCCAGCCCCCGCCGGCCGAACUGCAGAUGGUGGCGGGACGGCUGCUGGCCACGCUGAGCACUGUAGCUGGGCUGACCCUCUUGCAGCGCAACCUCCGUCUCCGCCGGAGCCUCCUGGUCUUGGUGUUCUCCAGCCUCGUGUGGCUAGUCUCGCUCACCAGCCUAGGCUCUCUGCCCCUGGCCCUUAGGCCGCUGAUGUCCGGCUUGGUCGGGGUGGCGGGCUGCCUGCUGGCACUCUUGGGCGGGGAGCGCUGGAUCUUCCGCUCCCGCUACUCGCCGGGCCGGGGGCCGCAGCAGCCUCGCCAGUAUUCGCAUUCGAGGCUGCCCAGCAGCGCAGAGGAGAAAGUGCCAGUGAUCCGACCCAGGAGGAGAUCCAGCUGCGUGUCCUUAGGAGAAACGUCCACCAGUUACUAUGGCAGCUGCAAAAUGUCCAGGAGACCCUCGUUGCCUUGCAUUUCCAAAGAACAGAUGAUUCUUUGGGACUGGGACUUAAAGCAGUGGUAUAAACCACAUUAUCAGAAUGCCUGCAGUGGAACUGGAGUUGAUCUUUCUGUACUAAAUGAGACACGCAACAUGCUAUCUGAUCUUCUGAGUGAUCCAGCCCUUCCCCCACAUGUGAUUUCUUCCCUUCGAAGCAUCAGUAGCUUGAUUAGUGCUUUCUCAGGCUCAUGCAGGCCAAAAGUUAACCUCUUUACCCCUUUUCCGGGCUUUUAUCCCUGUCCAGAAAUGGAGGACUCAUCUGAGAAAGGAGACCGGAAGCUGCCCAAGCUUGUUCAACAGGGACUAAGCAGUCGAAAUAGCUUACCAACACCACAGUUAAGGCGGAGUUCUGGAGCCUCUGGCCUGCUCCCCAUUGAACAGUCUUCUCUGAGAUGGGAACGUAAUAAUGGCAAAAGACCACAUCAUGAAUAUACUUCUUCAAGCCAAGGAUCCUAUCCAAAUGGGCUUUUCAACACAAACUUGUUGACAAUACCAAAACAAAGAUCAUCUUCAGUGACUUUGACGCAUAAUAUAGGCUCCAGGCGAGCUGGAACUUCCCCAAAUCUAAGUCCUGUGAGCUCACCUAGUAAUGGUUUUCUCUCCAGUGGGAUCCACCGACCACCUGUAGAGUUUCCUGAUACUGCUGAUUUCCUUACUAAGCCAAGUGUUAAUAUGCAUAAACCUCUGGGAUGCCCAAUUAGUUCUUCAGAGUUUCAGCAACCAUUUAGAACACCUUCGUAUUAUACAUGUAGUAGUUGUGGCCGACAGAUAUUCAAGCCAGUUGCAGCCUCAUUAUCUGAAUCUGCUGUGGAAUAUCAAAGUCGAAAAUCAGGUGAAAAUGGAAAUAGAGACAUCUCAAAAGAUUCUGCCAACUUUACAGAGAAACAGAAGGAUGAAAGAAGUGAAACAGGAAGUGAAAAUCAUGAAAUGGAUCACACUGAGAAUGAUCAACCUGAUAUGAAGGAAGAUCCUUCAAUAGAGCUGAUGGCAAUAGAAGACCACAAUUCACUGAUGGAAAAGAUGAAUAACUGGAAUUUUCAAAUAUUUGAUCUUCUUAAAAAAAUGGGAGAUAAAUCCAAUAGAAUCCUUAGUCAGGUUGCAUACACAUUGUUUCAAGACACUGGUUUGUUUGAAAUUUUCAAAAUUCCAACUCGUCAAUUCAUGAAAUACUUUCAGGCACUAGAAAAUGGGUAUCGAGAUAUUCCCUAUCACAAUCGAAUACAUGCAACAGAUGUUCUUCAUGCUGUAUGGUAUCUCACAACAAGACCAAUUCCUGGAUUUCAACAAAUGCAUGGUGAUUUGAUGACAGGUACUGACGUUGAUACAGAUAAUUGUAUUUCACCUGGUCGAGUUGCUUAUAUAUCCUCCAAGAGCUGUACUUUUGUUGAUGAAAAUUAUGGAUGCUUAUCUUCAAAUAUUCCAGCCUUAGAAUUAAUGGCGCUGUAUAUAGCAGCAGCUAUGCAUGAUUAUGAUCAUCCGGGCCGUACAAAUGCUUUUCUGGUAGCUACAAAUGCUCCUCAGGCUGUGCUGUACAAUGACAGAUCUGUUCUGGAAAAUCACCAUGCUGCUUCUGCAUGGAGUCUCUUUUUAUCUCUGCCAGAAUACAACUUUCUACCUAAUCUUGAUCAUGUACAAUUCAAACGAUUUCGGUUUUUAGUAAUUGAAGCAAUCCUUGCCACAGAUCUCAAGAAACAUUUUGAUUUUCUUGCUGAAUUUAAUGCCAAGGUCAGUGAUGUAAACAGUCACGGUAUUGAAUGGAACAACGAAAGUGAUCGGCUAUUAGUGUGUCAGAUAUGUAUCAAGCUGGCAGAUAUAAAUGGCCCAGCAAAAGUUAGAGAUCUACACCUGAAAUGGACAGAGGGUAUUGUUAAUGAAUUCUAUGAUCAGGGAGAUGAAGAAGCAAGUCUGGGAUUACCUAUAAGCCCUUUUAUGGAUAGACGUUCUCCUCAGCUUGCAAAAUUACAAGAAUCUUUUAUAACUCACAUUGUUGGCCCCCUAUGUAAUUCUUAUGAUGCAGCUGGAUUGCUGCCAGGUCAGUGGAUUGAUGAAAAAGAAGAUGAUAUGGAAAGCUCCAAAGAUUAUGAAGCAGAAGAGCUGGAUAGUGAAGAAGAUGAAAUGGAAGCAUUUGACACAAAAAGAAAAAGCAGACAGCGAAUAUUUUGUCAACUUAUGUACCAUCUGAAUGAAAAUCACAAAAUAUGGAAAAAAGUGAUUGAAGAAGAGGAAUUAAAUAAAUCUGAAGAGAGUAAACAGUCAGAGAGCACAUCCUUAUGUCAGACAGAUGACAUUCAGGUUAUUGAGGAAGCAGAUGAAGAAGAGGAACGACAUCUAGAAGAAUCUACAUUUUGAAAAGACUUCAGAAUGGUCUAUAGUACAGCCCCAGAAAUAAUAUAUUCUCACAAUGCUAACUUUAGACUGACACAGUUAACACAACUAUGAAAGAUCUGAACACAGAGGGGAUAUUUAUUUCUCUGACAGUAUCCCACUCCUAUGCACUUUCAUCACAUGGAGCUAGGCAACUUUAUUCAGAGAUUGAUUGAAUAUAGUGUUCCAUGAUGCAAAGACUUAUGCCCUGCUUGGUGUUCAAACACCUUGUUUUUCUGCCUUGCUGAAAAUAACUGCUUAUUAUUGAAAUCUUCCAUUUCUGAAAAAAUUAGCAGCUUCAGUUAUCAGAGUCACCAAAACAUUUUGCUUCUAGUAGCUAUUUGGCUGAAUCCCUAUACCAUUUUGGAAUUAGUAUUUUAUAUUUUAAUGUGAAUCUAAAAUCACUGUGCCUAUCAGUAUGAAUACUGCAGUUCACACCUCUUUGAUUUGCAACUAUUUGAUGACUGCAAGCAGAAUAGGUAAGUUCUGAGUUUUGUGGGUAAAAUUGAAUCCCAUGUGCAUCAGUUUGAUGCUUUUUACUGUGGUGCAUAACCUGCAUUUUAUUUUUCUGAAAAUGUUCAGGUUUGCAGUGAGCAUUCAGGCUAGUUUGCUAAACAUACACCUGUUGCCUUUUUUCUUCUUGUUCUGUAGUAGAACAUAAAAGCUAUUUCCCUAUUUUACUAAUGAAGGGAUUUUAUUAUUUUAGUCAGUAAUGCUAUAUGUUCUACUCUUACUCAGGAUUCAUGUUUAGAAACAUGACACAACAGAUUUUAUAUUUACAAUCUUGCGCUGUUAGAUGUUUAAUUAAAAAAAGGUAAUCCACUUUCUCUUUGUAUGCAAACUUCAGGAGAAUUAAAAUAUUGUUUUCUAUAAAUAA